ACAAAAGAAACCAAAUGACGGCAAUACAAGUCCACCAGGCACACCUGCACAGCAAACAGCUCACGCCGGGAAAGACGGCCUCUCCGGGGAGCCCUGUGUCCUGCUGGAGGGAAGCAGAUCGAGUGCCGGAACCUCCAGCCUGCAGAGAGGGGCUGGCGUCUCCAGUCCCUGCGCAGAGCUGCUGGCCCGAGACCCAGGCGGAGUGGGCACGGAGGAUGCGUGGGCAGGGCUCCGGGGCCUCCUGUCCCUGGAAUGCAGCGUCCACUUGCAGCCUGCACUGGCCAGAGGGCUCCAAGGGCGGAGAGAUAAAGAAGUGUGGCCGGGCAGGGGCCCUGCUGAGUAAGUCUAACCAGCAGUACCACAAGCUGUUCAAGGACAUCCCCAUGGAGGAGACGGUGCUCAAAGUGUGCUCCUGCGCCCUCCAGAGAGACCUCCUGCUCCAGGGCCGGCUCUACAUCUCUCCCAACUGGCUCUGCUUCCACGCCAGCCUCUUCGGCAAGGACAUCAAGGUGGUCAUUCCGGUGCUGUCGGUGCAAAUCAUCAAAAAGCACAAGAUGGCGCGGCUGCUUCCCAACGGCCUGGCCAUCACCACCAGCACCAGCCAGAAGUACGUCUUCGUGUCCCUGCUCUCCCGGGACAGCGUGUACGACCUGCUCAGGAGGGUCUGCACACACCUGCAGCCUUGUAGCAAGAAGACUCUGAGUGUGCGGAAGUACCCAGAGGAGCCCAGGUGUGAGCCCCUGGAGGUUCGCAUCCCCGAGAUGAAGUGGAGGAACGUGUGCCCUGCCUCCAGGUCCCUGUCUCUCCCAGAUGACAUCCCGUGUGUCCCUCGGGCGCCCGCAGACUCCACAGACAGCUUCUUCCCCUCCAGGAAGCCUCCGGGGUCUGAGGCUGUGGCCACCGCGGAGGACCCGCUGCAGUGGGAACCCCCCAGGAGCGGCCCUGAGCUGAGGCUCUGGGAUUCACGCCUCCUCAAGGUCGUCUUCGUGCUGAUCUGCUUUCUGGUCCUGGCCUCGUCCUACCUGGCCGUCCGCAUUUCGCGGCUGGAGCAGCAGUUGUGCGCCUUCACUUGGGAGGGCCCGGUCCCAGGGCACAGGUGACACCUGCUUGCCUGUUGUCCCCACUCCUCCAAGAAGAACAUUCCACAUUCCAUGGGACCUGCAUUGUGGUGUAGCAAGUUAAGC